CUAAAAAAUAUAAUUCCCGAUGUUGAGAUCUACAUCGUUCGAAUAUGGGCAGCUCUAAAGAAACCUAGAAUUCCUUCUGUCUCAUAAAUCGACUUAAUACAACCUCUGAGAGAAUCAUAAAAUUGAUUCCUCUAGGUCAUUAAUUUAGAUUUCACAACAUCGCACGGUGUAGUUAAAAAGGCUGCUGUACCUCCUGCCACUGCCCCAUUUAAUGCAUGGUCUACAAAUCCAUCAUUUCCAAAGUGUAUCUUCAUAUUUUCAUAUAUUGGAAACUGAAUUGCACUGAAUGGUAUUUCUCUCAUUAUUAUAGUCGUGAAUCCUGCAUAAAAACCUCUAAAUCCUUAGCCGUAAUAGAUUGAUCUCAGUGUAUCUCUCACACUUGCAUCUAAACCUACUUGCAUUUGGUUCUUGACAACUUCAAAA